CUUGAAAAAAAAAAUCGAGCGCAAGUCACGGGAUAAUGAAGUUGUGACUCCGCUCUUGUGUUAUUUUAUUCACUUUUUCGUCCAACGUUGAAGAAAACACGAAAGUCUAUGAUCUCAUUCUGUUUGACGCGAUGAAACAUCAGCUCUCUGCCUUGAUUCAUUGGAACUGAUUUGAGGUUACUGACACUGACAUUGCUAUAAUCUAAACAACAAUGCCAAAGAAGGACGAGUCACAGCCCCUGCUGGUCGGUGGCCCCGCAGACAAUGAUCUCGCAGAGAGGGGCACCGCUCCACCAGCAUUGCAAGGUGCAGGUUCAUCGACAUCACCUGUGCACCCUAACGAUUGCAGUAGCAUUAGUACAAGCAAGAGCGAGCAGUCGCUGAUGGACUAUGACCCAAUGAUGAACAGGGACCUUGACCACCCAACAUCUAAUUGCGACACACUGAUUCAUCUAUUGAAGGGAAAUGUUGGAACUGGAAUUUUAGCGAUGCCUGAUGCUUUCCACAAUGCCGGCCUUGUUCUUGGCACAUUCGGUACUCUUGUGAUGGGAUUCAUCUGCACCCACUGCAUGCACAUGCUGGUGAGAUGUGCUCAUGAGUUAUGCAGGAGGGUGCAAGUUCCCUCUCUGGGCUUUUCAGAAGUUUGUGAAGCUGCGUUCAAAACGGGUCCAGUCCCCCUUCAGAAAUAUCACAAGUUUGUCAAGAAUCUGAUAAACGUCUUUUUGUGCAUCACACAGCUUGGCUUUUGCUGUGUGUAUUUUGUGUUUGUGUCAACCAACCUUCAAGAGGUGAUCAGCCAUUACCUGGUGCGCCUCGACAUCAGGGUCUACUUGGUGUUGCUCCUGCUUCCUAUGAUCGUACUGAAUUGGGUCAAGAGCUUGAAGUAUCUGACGCCUGUGUCUCUAUUUGCAUCCAUCCUCACCGUUGUUGGACUCGGAAUCAUAUUCUUUUACAUGCUGCAGGAUUUGCCACCGGCUUCUUCACGACCCGCAGUUGCAUCGUGGAAACAACUGCCACUGUUCUUUGGCACUGCAAUUUAUGCAUUUGAAGGCAUAGGAGUGAUUUUGCCCCUGGAGAACAACAUGCAAACUCCGCAGGAUUUUGGAGGCUGGACAGGUGUUUUAAACACUGGAAUGGUGAUUGUGGCUGCUCUUUACACUUCUGUUGGAUUUUUCGGCUAUCUGAAGUAUGGAGAGGCAGUGGUUGUUGGCAGCAUUACUCUGAAUUUACCAUCAAGUGACUUUUUGGCACAGUCUGUGCGGUUAAUGAUGGCUUUGGCAAUUUUCUUGUCUUACGGACUACAGUUUUACGUGCCAAUGCGCAUCAUGUGGCCCCCACUUAAAAGACGGCUUCAGACGGAGAAAGCACAACGCAUAGGAGAAUAUUCCAUGAGAACGUUUCUUGUCCUUUUCACCUUUUUCCUUGCCUCGGCUGUUCCUAACUUAGGUGCCGUGAUCUCGCUGGUUGGUGCUGUGAGUAGUUCCACAUUGGCCCUAAUCUUUCCACCCAUCAUUGAGCUGAUAACUUUUUGGCCUACUGAACCAGGGCAGAAAAUCUGUCCGUGGAUGGUGACCAAAGAUUUGACGAUCAUGAUUUUUGGCAUUCUGGGAUUCGGCUUCGGAACUUAUACUAGCAUUGUCAAUAUCAUCCAUUCUUAAUGGCUGCAUAUAUUGCAGUGAUUAAUGGCCAUAAAUUAAUAUAUUUAUACAUGUCUUGUUGGACAGGAUCAAAAAUGUUCAGGAAAACUGCCCUAAGAGAGUGUAUUGUUUCAAGGCUGGAAUUAUAUUAUUUAUAGAUAUAUUUUUAAAUUUAUCCCCAAAUGUAAUGACAUCGUGCUACUUAUUGAGUAAAUUCCAGCCCAGAAUACAACACACGACUGAACCCAUUGCAUGCAGGAUGUCUUUGAAUGUUCACUAUUGACAAUAUUUGUUGCAUGAUUUUAUAACCUCUGAUUUAACAUGACUCCCUAAUCUGUUUAUUUUUGUAUGCGCUUGUAAUUUACUUUGACGAGCGAACUGUGAUGCACAAUUAUAUAAUUAUGAAAUUUAUCAAAUUAUACUUAUCAUGACCAACUCUAUUGUAAUUUUAUUAUUCAAAUUAGGAAAUUUUAUAGAUUUCAAGGGUUUUAUGAUGUAUACAUUGCAAAAUUUGGUAGUCUUUUAUAAUUUUUAUAUCGCUCAUAUGACUUGUCUAACAUCACUAUAUCAACAACAAUUUAUCAAACCCUUACAUUCCACUGUUAAACGAUCUUCAACAUCUCAUCUAUCAACAAUUGCACAAAACUUCACGCUUCACACACAUUUUUUUUACCAUGCUUCAUUAUGAUUAUUUUAAAAAAUGUAGUCAAAAUUGCAGAAUAGAAAUUGUCUGCAAUAUUUUGUCUCAAUUUUUACUGAAACUGCGAGUUGUUAUAAAUAUCCAAAUGAAAUGCAUUUUAUGCUAGUCCUCCAUAAUGCUGGACAUUAAAUAUAUUUUUGUGCAGAUUAUUAUUUAAUAAUUUGCAGCCUAUAUAUGUGUAAAUUAUAGUAUAUUUGCAGGUUCAAAUAGUUGACUUUAACUGAAUUAAUCUGGACUAGAUUAUCCACUGCUUUAAUGCCUAUAUGAUCAUAUAUUUAUAAUUUUCUUAUCUUGUGAACUCUCAAUGUUUUGUCUAUUAUAUUAUAAUGAAUUUGUUAAAAGAUGAUCCAAAUUAUAUAGAUGUUAGAAAGCAAAAAAUUCCAUUAUAUGUUACAACAAAAUAUAUUGUGUAAAAUGUAAAAGCAAAAUAUUGAGUGUAUUAUAACAUUGUCACCCAUCAUCCGUGUGUGAUAUUAUAAUGAAAGGACUAAAAUAUAUGUUAACGCAAGAAUAAAUUACUUGAAUCUUAUCUUCCCUCGAAUCCUCAAUAAAUGAUUCAGAUCUGAUUAUUUAACAAGGCAAACAAAGAAAUGAAAGUAUU